GCCAGUCAGAGGGAUGAGGCUCAGUGUAAUAUUAUCUAUUAUCCCUUUUAUCCUGACAUGGGUGCAUUUCACCCAUUGCCAGGGUCGCACAGAAAUUCUCACUACAGUUGUACGAAAACUUAUCGAUGACACAUCGAAAGAAAUGGCAGACUUUAAGCAGAAGCAAAAUGAGACACUGGAAAUACUCAAGGGAUAUGGAGACCUUCAGCAGAAGCAGAACGACAUACUAGCAAAGCUUUCAGGAUAUGGAGACCUUCAGCAGAAGCAGAACGACAUACUAGCAAAGCUUUCAGGAUAUGGAGACCUUCAGCAGAAGCAGAACGACAUACUAGCAAAGCUUUCAGGAUAUGGAGACCUUCAGCAGAAGCAGAACGACAUACUAGCAAAGCUUUCAGGAUAUGGAGACCUUCAGCAGAAGCAGAACGACAUACUAGCGAAGCUUUCAGGAUUUGAGGAACUUCUGCAGGAAAUCCCAGAAAUGCAUAAGAAGCUGGGCCAUGCUGAAAACACUCCUCAAGGUGCAGUGAACAACACCCAGGACUCCUUGCAAAGCGUCGAUGGGUGCACCCAAGGGAAGGACGAGUGCAGCCCCCUGGCAACAUGCAGGAACUCCGUUGGGAGUUACAGCUGCUCCUGCAACCCACCUUCCGAGGGAGAUGGGAGAAUGUGUUCCUGCCCUUCUGGCUUUGCACAGAAGGGUUCAAAGUGUGAAGACGUUGAUGAGUGCGCCCAAGGGAAGGACGAGUGCAGCCCCCUGGCAACAUGCAGGAACUCCGUUGGGAGUUACAGCUGCUCCUGCAACCCACCUUCCGAGGGAGAUGGGCAAACCUGUGACAUCGACGAGUGCGCCCAAGGGAAGACCGAGUGCAGCCCCUACGCAGUAUGCAAGAACUCCAUUGGGAGUUACAGCUGCUUUUGCAAACCCCCUUACGAGGGUGAUGGGAAAACCUGUGGAUUCCAGUGCGAAAGCCCCGCUGAACUCAUCGAGGGUCUGGGAUGUGUGAAGAUUGUGAAGGAAAAGAAGACCUGGUCGGAAAUGAAUGCCACUUGCCACCGGGAAGGGUGGCGUCUGCUGGAGGACCUUACCGUUACCGCUUUACCAGCAUUUACUCGGUCUUUUUCUCGUUAUGGAAGUACUUGGAUAGGAGCAUAUGGAGGGAAAUGGCAGGAGAGCGGAAUCCCUUUAAAAGAGGACCUUUGGAGGGUAGGUUACCAACCAGACUCCGCUAGGUGGCAUUGUGGCGUUGCUGCUUUUGAUCCUCAUUCUUCUUUGGUCAAAGUGGGUCAUCGCGAUUGUUUAACUACGACCUGGGGUUACUGCCAAUUAUUAUUGCAAUAAUCAACAUUAGGUUGAUCUUCUGUGUGAGGCAGAAUAAUAAACCUGAAUAAUCCUU